AUGCUUCGCGAAGAUUUACAGAGGGGAGGGAACGCCCAGGGGGCAAGUGAAAAUGUGCCCCUCAUGGAGGGAAGCCCCAAGGGGGGCACCUUUUACGACAUGCUCUUUCCGGACAUGUCCCCGAGGAGAAUCAUCGUAUGGAUUAGCUUCGCCCAAAUUAUCAUUUACAUUUUGAGUUGCCUCUUAAGCGAAAACUUAACGGCCCCCAGCGUGCAGGCGCUGAUGUUCCUGGGAGCCACGUAUGGCCCCGCCAUCAAGCAAGGAGAAAUCUGGAGACUGCUAUUCCCAAUUUUCCUGCAUGCGAAUUGGUGGCACUUAAUAAUUAACAUAAUGUGCAUGCUGAAUUUAGGCCUAGUGAUAGAGAGUAAAUACAAGAAGGGGAAUUUUUUCUUCCUUUAUUUUUUGUCAGGGGUGGUUGGAAAUAUAUUAACGACCAUCUGCAAUCCGUGUCAGCUAGCUGUGGGGGCAUCAACAAGUGGAUUCGGACUGAUUGGAUUUUCCAUCCUCGAAAUAUUUUUAGCCUGGGCGAAUUUGUCCAGGAGGGCUAAGAACUACUAUAUUUUUAAUGUGUCUGUUUUUGUGCUAUUUUUUUUGUUUGUUAGUUUUUCUCCCACCGUCGAUUUUUUUGGGCACAUUGGCGGCUUCCUCUGCGGGGCCUUCCUGGCCUGCCACUACAACAAGGCCAUGGGAUACGACUUCUUCCAGACGUCCCUGUACUACAGCUUCGCUUGCAUAUGCGCCCUAAUUGUUUUGUACCUCCCAGUUCGGCUCUACGUGACGGACAUGCCAUGUGUACUUUUCCACUAG